CAGCUAAAUGCAGAGAGAAGAAGCCACUCAGCAGACUACAUCUGCACAUGGGAAGGAGUCCAAGGAGAGGACCUCAUAGACAGGCUGGGUAGGUAGGAGAAUAGUGAGUUAAGGGUGGCCAGUGACACAGGUAGGUGAGCACACAGAGAAGAGAGGAGUUAGGGACCCCUGGCACAUUAAGGGUGGCAACAGAAGAGGGAGCAGUAAGGGGUUAAGGGUGGCACAGGCAGGUGUUCCUAUAGAGGGGGCAGCAGUGAGGGGUUAAGGGUGGCACAGGCAGGUGUUCCUACAUAGGGGGUAGCAGUGAGGGGUUAAGGGUGGCACAGGUAGGUGUUCCUACAGAGGGGGCAGCAGUGAGGGGUUAAGGGUGGCACAGGUAGGUGUUCCUACAGAGAGGGCAGCAGUCAGGGGUUAAGGUAGGUGUUCCUACAGAGGGGGGCCGCAGUGAGGGGUUAAUGGUGGCACAGGUAGGUGUUGAUACAGAGGGGACAGCAGUGAGGGGUUAAGGUAGGUGUUCAUACAGAGGAGACAGGAGUGAGGGAUCCCUUUUUGAUCACAGAGAAUAAUGAGGACUAGCUCUCCCUCUUAGCUCUAAUCGGUGAAUUUGGGGGAGAAUACUUUUUGGAGAUCCCUUCUAUCUGCUCCCCUCCCCUCAUCAACACAAAAUGCUUGUGGGAGUGAGACCCCCCUGGGACCGGGAGCUGUCCCCCCACAGAGGUGGACUUCAGUGGCACUCUGGGUUUAUGAUCCUACUGCUGGCUAUAUUCACUGCCCAAACCUGCCUUGCCCUUGAGGUGUCGGUAGGGAAGAAUAAUCAGAUUAAGGCUCGUAAUGGGACGGAUACUACGCUGCCCUGCACAUUCGCAUCCUGUAUUGGGUUUGAAGAUGUGACGUUUUCCUGGACAUAUAGGACAGACAAUGACACAUUCAAGGCAGAAGAACUCUAUAAGGGGACUCUAAAAAACAAGAAGUCAUUGCCCAAGUCUGUGCCAAUUCUAAACAUAAAUGAACGGAUGGAUCGGGUGGAACUGAUUCCUAGCAACAACACCAAAGAUUACAACCUGUCCUUGAUCUUGAAGAAUGUCGAUUUUAGUGAUGCUGGCCGGUAUACCUGUAUAGUGACUAACAAGAAGGAGAAAAAUGCUAGCCAUAAUGCUACCGUGUACCUAACUGUGGUGGACAAGUUUGAAGUUGUGGAUAACACCCUAACUGUAAUUAUUGCUAGUGCUGUUGGUGGUGUGAUCGGGCUUCUUAUAUUAAUUCUGGUCAUGAAGAAGAUUAUUACCUUCAUCAUCAAGAGGAACCAGGACAAGAAGAAGGACUGUCUUGUGAGCUCCUCUGUCAAUGAAAAUACAGAUAAUGCUUCCAAACCUGAAAGCAAAGCCAAACCUAAAGCAUAAACUGUGAGAUAUAACUGUCAGAAUAUAAAUCCAUGACCGGCCUGAAAUGGCAGAAUGGACCUUGGUAUUACCCCCACGCCUGAGCGAUUCUGCUAGAACCGGAACCUAGAAGAGUUGCAAAGCAUCCCACAUAGUAAUUUCAGACACCUUCUAAACUAAUUAUACUACAUUAUAACAGUGAACUAUGCUAGUAUAAACAUUGUUCAUGGAUUUAUGUGGCAAAUGCUCCUAUACAAUUCUCUGUAAAUGUCAACCUGUGGGUGUUUUGUUCAUACAAGGUGGGAGGGGUAAAUAUCUCAUAUAAAAGUUGGGGAAGCAUGGCAUCAUUACUGCAGUGUAACUGGAUGCUUGCCCUCAACACAACAGGUAAUGUGGGGGAAGUUAUAUUCACUUUACACUCUAUCCUUGCACCAGUUUUCUAUGCAUGAGACUGAGGUCUUGGAAGAACAAAGCCAUCAAAGAAGCAGUUAAAAGGGCAGUGAUCACAAUUAUUUUAACAUAGUAAUUGCCGGUUAUAUGUCAUGGUGUAGAAGGGUACACCUUCGAAUAUAUUUCAAUUUUCUUUUCCUGUCCAUGUGUAUUUUUGUGAAGUUGAUAGGGAAGAAUUUGAUGUAUUGAGAAAUGACUGAGACUGCAGUGAUAUAAAUUAACUCUGAGGAUAGUUUGUUCCCCUCUGCAAGUAUGAACCAUUCUUCUGCCGGCUUUCAUUGCUGUAGGGUUUGACGCCAACAUAGCUAUUACUGCCGUACCUCACCCUGCAGACUGGCAAUACCAAUUAAGAAAAUAUUUAAGAAGCAUUAUAAAUGUUAUUACGUCCAGUCCUGGAAGCAAUAAGGUUUUUGAUGCCAAAGAUUUGGAAUAUUUUAAUUUAACUUAUUAUUAUUUUUUUUUUGUACAGAAGUACCACACAAAGGCACAGUAGUGCAACUCUGUGGUUCACAAAAGGGACAAAACUGUGGUCAGAAUCUGGUAUUUCUGCCAGAAUUGCAAGUUCAUACAUAGAGCUUUUAAUGGAAGAAAAAAAAUAAGCUUAUUCAAUUUUGUUAAGAACUUUACCAUAUAUAUCAUUUUAUGUUUCACACGUAGCACACAGGGAAAUCACGUUGGGUUAGAAGCCAAUUAAGAAUUCUUAAUGUCCCGGAAUAUUAUUGUGAUGCAGCCUUUAUUGUUUUUUUACAUUACGGCCUCUUUAACCUUUCCUGAUACAUCAUAAACUGUUAAACAAUAUGAAUGUUUCUAUAAAAAGCACACUAUAAAAAACUUGGAAACGUAGCCACAAUAUUUCUAGCAAAUCUUCCGGAUCUCCAACCCUCACUAGUACAAGCUUUAGGAUCCCUUCACGUACGCUUACACAACUCUUCCCUUAUUUAUUUUGACUCAUAUACGUGUUUAACUCAAGAUAUUCGUAUUCCAACCCAUCCUGAAAAUACUGGAAUUUUGUUAAUGAUAAGCUUUAUUUGUGGUAUUUGAAGCACAUGAGGCUUUUACGUUAUUGUCACGUCUUUGUGUUCUGGUUAUAUUCACACCUCUCCUAAUUCAAAAUGUCCAUGAGGACAGUACCUCUUCUCAAAUUCUCUCUCUGCUAUUUUUUUUUCUUUCUCCAUUUUGUAUUUUUUUUUGCUGCCUGCAUAUAAAAUGGCUUCUAGUCUAUGACUGGGCAAUUGUCCUCUCUGCAGUGUUUACCCUUGCGCUGCCCCUGCUUCCACGAUGAAUGUAAUAAAAUCUUAAUAUUUAUUAG